ACGCGCUGUCGCAGGUUGAUGACGUAACGCGCAGAGAACGUAACAUUUGCGAAAAAAGUACACAGCAGCAGCGGCUAACGGGGAGUUUUGUCCUAUUGUUGUUGUACGUUUUAUAUACUUAUUGUGUUUUUUUAUUAGCUUUGGGGGUUGUUGACUUGCUAUCAGGAUGUCGUACAUGCUACCUCAUCUCCACAAUGGCUGGCAGGUGGACCAGGCCAUCCUGUCUGAGGAGGACCGGGUCCUGGUGAUCCGGUUCGGUCACGACUGGGACCCCACGUGUAUGAAGAUGGACGAGGUUCUGUACAGCAUCGCUGAGAAGGUGAAGAAUUUUGCAGUCAUUUACCUGGUGGACAUCACAGAAGUGCCUGACUUCAACAAGAUGUACGAGUUGUACGACCCCUGCACCGUCAUGUUCUUCUUCAGGAACAAACACAUCAUGAUUGAUUUGGGUACUGGUAACAACAACAAGAUCAACUGGACAAUGGAGGACAAGCAGGAGAUGAUAGACAUUGUUGAAACCGUGUACCGGGGAGCCAGAAAAGGACGAGGUCUGGUGGUGUCUCCAAAGGAUUAUUCUACAAAAUACAGAUAUUGAUUUUUUUUGAUUUUUUUUUAAGGAGUUGUUUUUUUUACCUGAUAUUUUGUGACAUAACACACAGACUACAAGUUACAGAAGACAUGGAAGAUCUCUUUCAACAUUUUUUUUUUGCAAGUGAAAGAAGAACAAUAUUCUUAUUAAUGGCCGUGAUCGUGUUACAUUGAGCCAUUUGUGUUUUUUUUGUGUAGACUGAUGUGUAAAUCAGUUUCUUCAACAAGUUGUUU